AGCACGACCUUAAAAUCAGCCACAACCAAGAAAAAAUUAGCUACUGUUCAACAAAAACAAAGUUAGAAAACUAGAAAGGCUUCCAUGUUUACACGAAAACACCUCGAAAGAAGCAUUUUAGCUUAUAAAAGGUAAGAGGUCAAGGUCUCUUGAAUCCUGAUGCUUACCGUUUGCACAUGUUGAAUUUAACAAAUGCAAGUGGGUUUGCUUGCGUGACAAAAACAAAGGUCCCCACUUGCUGAGCCUUCUCCUUCCCUGAUCUUGGUUUCUUUCAGAUCUAAAACCCAAUCCCAUGCUCUUUAGUCUCCAGAUGGUUUGGUAGUCAAAACCCCCCACAAAACAGCUUCUGGGCUGUCUUGGUUUUUUGUUUUCUGGUAGAAAACAGGCAGAGAAUCGAAGGGAAGUGAGAUGGGUUUGGUGGGUGUCCAAGAAAACGGGAAUGGGGAAAUGGGAUUGUCUGUUGUUCCAUUGGGGACUAAGAAUAAGUACAGGAGGAUGGACUCUGAGCUCACCGAGGAUGUUGAUGAUGCUUCACACCACCAUCAUCAGGAGAACAGGAGUAAGAGUACCAGGAGAUUUGUUUUUGCCUCCGCUGUCUUUGCUUCUCUCAACUCUGUUCUUCUUGGCUAUGAUGUAGGGGUCAUGAGUGGAGCAAUUAUAUUUAUUCAAGAAGAUCUAAAGAUAACUGAGGUACAGGAAGAAAUACUUGUUGGGAUUUUGAGCGUUGUUUCACUCUUUGGAAGUUUAGCUGGUGGUAGAACAUCAGAUGCUAUUGGCAGAAAAUGGACAAUGGCCUUGGCUGCUGUUAUCUUUCAAAUAGGUGCUGCUGUAAUGACGCUUGCUCAUUCAUUCGAAGUAUUAAUGUUAGGAAGACUCCUGGCCGGGGUUGGAAUCGGGUUCGGAGUCAUGAUUGCUCCUGUCUAUAUUGCUGAGAUAUCACCGACCAUUGCAAGAGGUUCACUAACCUCAUUCCCGGAGAUUUUUAUAAACAUCGGAAUUCUACUUGGUUAUGUCUCAAACUAUAUGUUUUCUGGCCUUCCAGCACACAUAAAUUGGAGAAUAAUGCUUGGUGUGGGAAUUCUGCCCUCAGUCUUCAUAGGGUUUGCACUUUUCAUAAUUCCUGAGUCGCCAAGGUGGUUGGUGAUACAGAAUCGAAUCGAGGAAGCUAGAUCAGUGUUGAUGAAAACUAAUGACAAUGAGAGAGAGGUGGAGGAAAGACUUGCAGAGAUACAAUUAGCUGCUGGAAUGACUGGUGGUGAGAAGGGCGAAGAGAAAGCUGUAUGGCGCGAACUGUUGAGCCCUUCUCCCGCACUUCGCCGGAUGCUGGUAACUGGUUUUGGAAUCCAAUGUUUCCAACAGAUCACAGGAAUAGAUGCCACUGUGUACUACAGUCCUGAAAUCUUCAAACAAGCUGGGGUUGAGGGGAACUCACAUCUCCUUGCAGCCACUGUUGCUGUGGGUGUUACAAAGACUGUUUUUAUAUUGGUUGCUAUUCUUCUUAUUGACAAACUUGGCAGGAAGCCCUUGCUCUAUGUGAGCACAAUUGGAAUGACUAUUUGUUUGUUCAGUUUGGGACUCUCUCUCUCCUUACUAGGGCAAGGACAGCUUGGGGUUGCCUUGUCAAUUCUCUCUGUUUGUGGGAAUGUAGCUUUCUUUUCAGUUGGAAUUGGCCCUGUUUGCUGGGUUGUAACAUCUGAAAUCUUCCCUUUGAGAUUGCGUGCUCAAGCAGCCGCACUUGGGGCAGUGGGGAAUAGGAUGUGCAGUGGCCUGGUUGCCAUGUCUUUCCUGUCUGUUUCCAGCGCAAUCACCAUGGGUGGAAUCUUCUUCACCUUCUCUGCAGUUUCUGCUCUUUCUGUUCUCUUUGUCCAUAAACUUGUUCCAGAAACUAAAGGAAAAUCAUUGGAGCAGAUUGAGAUGCUAUUUCAGAAUGAAUAUGAGUGGCAAAGAAGUGAAGUGGAGAUGGGAGACGUCGAGCAUCUUGUGCAGAAACAAUGACUGGUUUGAGGAGGUUUACCAGAUGAGCCACUAUUUGAAUCAGAAUGCAGAAUGGUUUCCAGGUGAUCAAUAUUUUCACAUAACUUCUGUUGGAAAUGGAAUGUGGGAUUCUUCAGAAUUUGAAGAAAGUAGGGCAGAAUACUUUCUGAUUUGUAAGGCGGGUUUUACUUUAUCUCUUGUACAAAUAUUGCCUCCCACUUAUAUAAUAAGCUUUGCAAUGCGAACAAAACAACUUUGUCCUCA